GGCCGUCUGGAGACUGAUAAUCAUUGAAACACAGUUCCUCGAUAGCUCAAGUUCAAUCUGGAAAAUCAAAAGGAAAAAUGAACGCCGGGUUCAUAAUCUUUCUCCUCGCCACGAGCGUGUCCAUUACUUUCGCAAAUCGUUCCGAUACGAAUGAUGCCGCCGAAAGGUUGAAGGAUGCCCAAACCGAGUACGACAACUUUCGCGCCCACAUUCAGGAUGAGGUUGAGAAGGCAAAACUAGCCUCGAAUCAAGGUUUGGUAGACUUCUUAAAUGUCGUCGUAGAGAUCAAGGAGUUGUUUCUGCAGCAGGCCAUCUGGGCCGAGGAGGAAGUGCUGUACCAAAUCGAUAGCCAAACGCUCUUCCCCGCAAUCGAAAUCAACUACAAAUGUUUGGACUUUUCACGGGUGCUCACCGAAAACAACAUGGACGUAGCCGGGGUGGAGUUCAGCAACUGCAUCCUGGACGUGGACGAUCAGGUUAAGGUGGAAAUGGAGCAAGUUCUGAACGAGAUGCAGCAGGAUGGUGAAGUGGCCGAGUUGAAUGUUCUAGGAGCCAUGAACAGAACCAACAUCAUAACCCAUCCGGAUCAGGUACUGCAGAACAUCGAGCGCAACUUGGCCGUUCUGAAAACGCUCGACACACGAAUCAUAAAUGAGCUGAAUGUGUCCAUAAACACGUUCACUGCCAGAUUGGGGCUCAUUGGGAAAGCCUAUCGCGCCUGUUUAAUGGAGAACGACAACAUUCUUAAGGCAGCUUUCGAUAACAUCAGAUCGCAGUUGGUUCAAAUCUGUAAGGGGCGUCUUAUUUAGCAAGUUUCUGAGCAAGCUAACAAAAAAUUAAUCGUCCGAAAAAUUGAAGCAGAUGCGCGAAAUGAAAAGCGUUAAACAAAAAUGAGAGAGGAACAUCUGAUUCAAAAUAUAUUAGAAGGAAAACAUUCACUUCUGAUUUAAUUUCACUACUGAUGACAUGGAGCGUACGUUUUUAUUUUGGUUCAAGCAAUGUUUACAUUUUACAAGAUUUUUUUGUGGUUUGUUGGCUCCUCUUACUGAAAAGGAGUAGUGGAGCUGUCAUAUAAUAUAAACACAGGUUUUGUUUACAAAACUAGAGUUUAUCAAGAAAAUGAAAAUAUGUUCAUAGAAAUUUAAAAUGAUAAAGAUAAUAAAUAGUAAAUGCUCUAAUUUGUA